AUGGAUGAACUUUACGAUGAUCGCUGGCAAGAACUGUGGUCGCAAGUAUGUGAAGCCUUUACUGAAGAGGCUGGUCACGAGCCGCCGCCUUCUCUGGAGUUUUGGGAGGUCACGCUUUUAUACAGGCUGGUGCUGGCCGACUUUGAUCGGCCAACAGUUCGACGCGCCAAGCGGCAACUUCUCUCGAAUGCGACCGGUUCCAAUUCCUUGGCUCAGCUGAAGCAAGAGUUGCAGCGGACAGUGCAGAGCUUAUGGCGCCAAGAGGAUGCCGAAGAAGCUUUGGCCGAGGCAGUCGAGCUUGAGCGCUCUGGGCAGUGGGAUGAGGCACGGGAGGCGUACGCCAAAGGCGUAUUUCUGGGCCCCUCGCAGCCUUUGCAACGCGCGGUGCGGUUCGCCCAGCUCCUGCACGUCAUGGCGGGCGCCAGCGAGCAGGUGCUGCACCACGCCCUCGGCGGCCGAACGCUCGGGACGGGCGGGACGAGCGGGGCGCCGAGCCGCGCCAAGCGCGGGGUCAUGGCCAGGCUGGUGCUCCUGCUUCUGCAGGAGGGCCGGGACGAGGAGGCCUUGGCGCUUCUGCGCUCCGGGGGCUGGAGGUUCUCGCUGGCGCCCUGGAUCCUGCGCUACCCCUCCGCCACCGACUUUCGGACAGACUCUGGCUUUCCUGGGGGCGUCUGGGACCAGGCACUCCCGGGGGGCCACCUGCAACGCCUUCAAGCGUGGCUGGACCCGGGCUCCGCGUUCUGGCGCGAGCACGGGUACAAUGAGGUGGUGGGCAGUGGGGAAAACGGGUACUUCAGCUACGUACAAGAGAUCACGGAGGCCGGCAACAAAACGCUGACCGGGUCAGUGAUUCGUUACAUCUGGAAGUUCCUUUGCAGCCUCGACCUCUUCCCGGGUUUGGGCGAGGCGAAGUUAGCCGAGUGGUGGGCGCACAAGCGGCCCCACGCAUGCGGGCACCAGAUGCAUUACGACAGCGACAAUGAGGGCAUCGGUGGGGUGAGGAAUCCGAUUUGCAGCUGCAUUGUCUUCAUCCAUGCGCCGCCGGGAGUCGGAGGCCCCACCUUGGUCACGGAUCAGCUGGCCGCCGCCUUGGGCACCCGCGGCUGGCUGGUGGACCCCGCGGAGAACCGGCUCAGCGCCUACGACGGGCGGUAUCUGCACGGGGUGGUGCCGGGCGCGGGCCGAGCGCCCGAAGCGCCCGAGGGACGAAGGGUGACCUUUAUGGUGGCCUUCUGGAAGGAGAAGUGGAGAAGUCGAGACACGGGCGGGUGA